AUGAGUAAGAGAGAGAGAAGUGUGUGUCAACAAACGUGGGCCUUAUUAUGCAAGAACUGUAUUUAAAAAUGGAGAAUGAAAAGGGACCCCCUACUGGAAUGGUUAAACUCAUUGUUCCUACUACUCUGUUUGUACCUGUACCCUAAUAAUCAUCAAGUUAAUGACUUUUCUUCACUGCCUACCAUGGACCUGGGACAGGUAGAUUCAUUUAGUGAACCUAAAUUUGCUGUUGUAUACACACCUGUCACCAAUACAACCCAACAGAUAAUGAAUAAAGUAGCUUCAGCCUCCUUCAUGAAAGGUGAAGAAGUCUUGGGACUGUCCGAUGAAGAAACUAUUAAUAAAGCCACAGUAGAUUAUCCUAAGGAGAUAGUAAGAGUCAUCUUUACUAACACAUUCUCAUAUCAUUUGAAAUUCUUGCUGGGACACAGAAUCCCAACAAGGAAGGAACACAGGGACCAUACAGCUCAUUGUUAUGAAAUGAAUGAAGACAUUGACUGUGGAAUCUCAGAAUUCUGGAAGAAAGGUUUUGUGGCUCUUCAAGUUGCCAUUAAUGCUGCUAUUAUAGAGUGAAUCACAACAAAUCACUCAGUGAUGGAGAAACUGAUGUCAGUUACUGGAAAAAAUAUGAAGAUAUAUCCCUUCAUUCGUCAAGGAGGAGUCAGGACUGAUUUCUUCAUUUUCUUCUGCAUUAUUUCCUUUUCCCCAUUCACUUACUAUGCAUCUGUUAACGUUACAAGAGAGAGAAAAAGGAUGAAGGGCAUGAUGACAAUGAUAGGUCUUCAAGAUUCAGCAUUCUGGCUUUCCUGGGGUUUGCUCUAUGCUGGUUUCAUCUUCUUUAUGGCCCUUUUCUUGGCACUUACUGUAAAAUAUGUCCAAUUUGUCAUCCUGACUGGCUUCAUGGUGGUCUUCACCCUCUUUCUCCUUUAUGGAUUGUCUUUGAUGGCUUUGGCUUUUCUAAUGAACGUCUUGGUAAAGAAAUGUUUCCUCACUGGUCUGGUGGUGUUCCUUCUCACUGUCUUUUGGGGGAGUCUGGGAUUCACAGCAUUGUACAGGCACCUUCCCGCAUCCUUGGAGUGGAUUUUAAGUCUUCUUAGCCCCUUUACCUUCACGCUUGGAAUGGCCCAGCUUUUACACUUGGACUAUGAUUUGAAAUCUAAUGCAUUUCCUGAUCCAUCAGACUGCUCAAAUCUAAUAAUAGCAACAAAUUUCAUGUUGGCUUUUGAUAUUUUCCUGUAUCUGGUACUGCCGAUCUAUUUUGACAAAAUUUUGCCAAAUGACCUCCUGGGCAUCCCAGGAGGGGAGCAGCAUGAGCAGAGCCAUGGGGCCGGCCCCAAAAUAGAAGCUUUGAAAGAUCUGGUAUUUGAUGUAUAUGAAGGCCAAAUCACUGCAAUACUUGGUCACAGUGGAGCUGGAAAAUCAACACAGUUAAACAUUCUCAGUGGGUUAUCUGUUCCCACCAAAAGUUCAGUCACCAUCUAUAAUAAUAAACUUUCAGAAACGGCUGACCUAGAAAAUAUCAGCAAGCUCACUGGAGUUUGUCCACAAUCCAAUGUGCAUUUUGACUUCCUCACCAUGAGAGGAAAUCUCAGGCUGUUUGCUAAAAUAAAAGGGAUUCAGCCACGUGAAAUGGAUAAAGAGAUCCAAAGAGUUUUUCUGGAAUUGGAAAUGCAAAAUAUUCAGGACAUCCUUGUUCAAAACUUAAGUGGUGGACAGAAAGGAAAACUAACCUUUGGAAUUGCCAUUUUAGGAGAUCCUCACAUUUUCCUAUUGGAUGAACCAACUGCUGGAUUGGAUCCUUUUUCAAGACACCAAGUUUGGAGCCUCCUGAAGGAGCAGAAAAUAGACUGUGUGAUCCUCUUCAGUAUCCAGUUCAUGGAUGAGGUUGACAUCUUGGCUGAUAGGAAAGUGUUUCUCUCCAAGGGGAAAGUGAAGUGUGCAGGCUCUUCUCUGUUUCUAAAGAAGAAAUGGGGGAUUGGAUACCACUUAAGUUUGCAGUUGAAUGAAAUCUGUGUUCAGGAAAACAUAACAUCACUUGAUAAACAACGCAUUGCUGAUGCCAAAUUAUCGGCAGAAAGUGAAGGAAAACUUGUCUAUACAUUGCCCCUAGAAAGAACAAAUAAGUUUCUAGAACUUUAUCAGGAUCUUGAUAGCUGCCCUGGCCUGGGAAUGGAGAGUUAUGGUGUUUCAAUGACAACAAUGAAUGAGGUGUUCCUGAAACUAGAAGGAAAAUCAGCUAUUGAUGAAUCAGAUAUUGCUAUUUUGGGAGAAGCACAAGUAAAAAGGGCUGGAGACAACAGGCUUGUUGAGAUUGAACAAGUUCUCUCUUCACUUAAUGAGAUGAGAAAGACAAUAGGGGGCAUGGCUCUCUGGAGACAGAAAAUCUGCACAAUUGCAAGGGUUCACUUAUUAAAGUUAAAGCAUGAAAGAAAAGCUCUUUUAUCACUGCUAUUGAUUCUAGGAGUUGGAUUUUGCCCUCUUCUUUUGGAGUAUACCAUGGUGAAAAUAAAUCAAAACAGUUACAUGUGGGAACUUUCUCCUCAUUUAUACUUCCUUGCUCCUGGACAACAACGACGUGAUCCUCUCUCUCAAUUAUUAAUCAUCAAUAAAACAGGAGCAAGCAUUGAUAACUUUAUACAUCCUGUGGAGCAUCAGAACAUAGCUUUGGAAGUGGAUGCAUUUGGAACUAGAAAUGGCACUGAUGACCCAUCUUACAAUGGAGCUAUCACAGAGUCUGGUAAUGGAAAGAAUUACAGCUUUUCAUUAGCAUGCAAUACCAAAAGACUGAAUUCCUUUCCAGUUCUUAUGGAUAUUGUUAGUAAUGCGCUACUUGGAAUGGUUAAUGCAUCAGCACAUAUCCAAACUGACAGAAGUACAUUUUUGGAGGAGGACCAGGGCAACCCAUUUGAAUUCCUAUGACAUUCUAUGUUCCGGUUGGUUUUGUCAUCCUGUUGUGCUCCUUGUAUUGCCAUGAGCAGCAUUGACGAUUAUAAGAGCAAAGCUUGGUCCCAGCUAUGGAUUUCGGGGCUCUUCUCUUCUGCUUACUGGUUUGGACAGGCGCUGGUGGAUGUUCCAAUGUACUCCUUGAUCUUCCUUUUUAUGUAUCUAAUGGACUACGCUUUAAACCUCCAAGACACUGUAUUUAAAAUUGUAAAUCAGAUUAUACAAGUCCCAUGUGCUGUUGGUUAUGCCACAUCACUUGUCUUCUUGACAUACAUGAUUUCGUUCAUUUUCCGCAAGGGGAGAAAAAAUAGUGGCAUUUGGUCUUUUUGCUUCUGUAUUGUAAGUGUGUUUCUUGUGACUAUUUAUUUUGUAUAUUUGAUAUACAAUUCUGACCUAAUGGCAUUGUAUGGCAUUACCUUUUUAAUAUCACAAGCCACAUUAAUUGGCUGUGUGUUCUUAUCUUUUCACCCUUUCCUUCAUUUUAUCAUCUUUCUUUUUAUUCUUCGAGGGCUGGAAUGGAAGUUUGGAAAGAAAUCAAUGAGAAAGGAUCCCUUCUUUAGAAUUUCUCCAAGAAGUAGCGAUGUGUGUCAAAAUCCAGAAGAGCCAGACGGGGAGAAUGAAGAUGUUCAGAUGGAAAGAGUGAGAACAGCAAAUGCCUUGAAUUCCACAAACUUGGACCAGAAACCAGUCAUUAUUGCCAGCUGUCUACGUAAGGAGUACGCAGGGAAAAGGAAACGCUGCUUUUCCAAGAGGAAGAAGAAAAUAGCCACAAGAAAUGUCUCUUUCUGUGUUAGAAAAGGUGAGGUUUUAGGAUUAUUAGGACACAAUGGAGCUGGUAAAAGUACAUCCAUUAAAGUGAUAACUGGAGACACAAAACCAACUGCUGGACAGGUGCGACUCAAAGGGAGCAGCGGAGGGGACGCCCUGGGGUUCCUGGGGUACUGUCCUCAGGGGAACGCGCUGUGGCCCAACCCAACGGUGAAGGAGCACCUGGAGGUGUUCGCCGCCGUGAAAGGGCUGAGCAAGGGGGACGCCGCGGAUCACAGGUUGGUGGAUGCGCUCGCGCUGCAGGACCAGCUGACGCUCCGGGUGAAGGCCUCAUAGGAGGGAAUGAAGAGGAAGCUGCGCUUCGCGCUGAGCAUCCUGGGAAACGCGUGGGUGGUGCUUCUGGACUAGCCGUCCACGGGGAUGAACCCCGAGGGGCAGAAGCAAGUGUGGCAGGCGAUCCUGGCCACCUUUAGAAACACGGAGAGGGGCGCCCUCCUGACCACUCAUUACAUGGCAGAGGCUGAGGCCGUGUGUGACCGGGUGGCCAUCACGGUGUCCGGAAGGCUGAGAUGUAUCGGUUCCAUCCAACACUUGAAAAGCAAAUUUGGGAAGGAGUACCUGCUGGAGAUGAAGGUGAAGACCCUGGAACAAGGGGAGGCCCUCCAUAGAGAAAUUCUACAGCUUUUCCCCCAGGCUGCUCGGCAGGAAGGGUACUCAUCUCUGAUGGUCUAUAAAUUGCCAGUGAAAGAUGUACGACCUUUGGCCCAAGCUUUCCUCAAAUUAGAGAGGGUUAAACAGAGCUUCAACCUGGAGGAGUACAGCCUCUCACAGUCCACCCUGGAGCAGGUUUUCCUGAAGCUCUCCAAGGAGCAGGAGCUGGAGCACUGUGACGAGGAACUUCCCGCCUCAGUGAAGUGGAAGCUCCUCCUGCAGGAAGAACCUUGA